UGGUAGCGGCGGGUGAGCCGUUGGCCGCGCUGUGGCGAGCAGCCGUCAUGGAGCGGGCAGGGGCGGCCGUGCAGGGAGAGCAGAGAAGAUGGCUCCAGGAGUACCUAGCAGCCAAAGAAAAGCUGAAAUGCCCAACUGCAAGACCCUUUUUAAAGGACCAAACAAAUCACCUGAAUCCACCUUUAGAACCAGUUUCUAAACUAGAUCAUGUUGACAGGAACAAGAAGGAUGUUCUCAGAAACAUGGCGAAGGGCACUCAGAGGGAUGGCAAGCUUGGUGCCAAAUCCACACAGCACACUGGCCACACUGCUCAGCAGAAGUCUUCAAACACAUCCCAGAGAGCAGCGGUGGUGCAUCCAGAGCAGCAGAGAAAGAGCACAAAGCUUCCUAUGGGACUCGUGCCAAGCAUGAGCCGCUCUACACAGACCAGGGGGAGGCUUCCAACUUCAAACUCUGGUCGCCUAAAGCCAGAAAUGAACAAGAAGCCUGUACAGGAGACUGUUACUGCUGCAGCACCUCAGACUGGAAGUGACCACCCACCUCCUGGGGUACUUCGCUCCCUAAAUGAGGGCCUGCAGGACAAGCUAGUCUGCAACAAGGCGACCGUCCGAGCACAAGCCUCUGCACAGCCUGUGCUGAACAGAGUUUUUCGGUCUGAUGGAAACAAUUUCGGGAACAAGAGAGUCUUGGCUCACAGGCAAAGCUCAGCCACGAUGACAAGAAUGGUCAUGGGCUCAAAGGACAGAAUUAAUAGCUGCCAGGCUAAGGAAGAGCUGAUUCAGGAUAAAUUCAAAAAAACCCUUCCAGGUUCAAGGAGCACAUUUCAAAAACCAAGAAUCAAAACUCAGCCAUUGCAGCCCCCUCCAUUAGUUACUGCUUCUACUAAUUUGCUACAUAAAAAAACAGAGGCAAACCAGGAAAAGACUAAUAUGGCAAGACAACCCAGAGGAAAGCCACCUGGCAUACUUCCAGUGGGAAGUCUUAAGGACCACAGUAGAUCCCCUCAAAUUAAAAGAUCUCCCAUAAAGCCUCUGGCUUCCAGCAGGCCACAGGGGGCCACAGUCCUGAAAUCCAGCCUGAAACCACAUAGCACCAUGCAAUGGCAAAGGCCUGUGGCUAAAGGGGAGGCAGAUAGGAAGGAUGUGAAGGUAGCGUCUGCCAGACACACAGCAGCAUCCCGGGUGACAGUCCCCCCAAACCAGCCUCACAGCACACACAGCUCCAAAACUCAAGCAACCGAGAGCAAUUUUACAAGUAGGAGAGAUAGGCUUAAACCAGAGCUGUCAAAGGCAAGCGGGGUACAGGCUAGGCGUGUUCCCAAGACCCCAUCAGCUGCAGACCGUAAGAAACAGCUGGAGGAGUGGCUGGCAUCUAAAGGCAAGACAUACAAGCGGCCACCUAUGAUUCUGCUUCAGAAGCCGUCAGUGAAGGUGUCCUGGAGAAAUGUCAAGGAGAAAGAGAAGGAAGAGAAACCAGAGCAGCUUUGCCUGGAGAAGAUCAAAAGCAUAUUAACUGAAUGCCUGAAGUUCGUUGAGGAGGGUGUCCAGGCAGAGGAGCUCUCUGAAAUGUUGUCCCACGUGCCCCAGGCAGAGAAAUUUGCCAAGUUCUGGAUUUGCAAAGCGAAACUGCUCGCCCGGAGCGGCCCUUUUGAUGUAAUAGGACUGUACAAAGCAGCAGUCUGCGCUGGUGCUGUGCCGCUCCAGGAGCUCAGAGAAGUUGUGCUUGAUAUUUUGAAGGCUGCAGACCAAACAUCAGAAGGGGAAAAAGCUGCUCAGCCCAUUCCUUUGGAGCCUACAACACCUUACUCAAGUGAGAGGCAGCACAUGGUAGCGACUCCAUGCCUGACAGGGAGGUCCCUGACCAGCCUGCCUGCCUCAAUCAAGUUGCAAGUUACAUCUGCAUACAGAGGAAAGGAGUUGCUGGAACACCCAGAGAUUAAAUUCCUAACGCCAGUGCGGCGCUCACUGCGGAUAGAGCGGGCUGGGAGCUGCUACCCAGAGAUGCUGAAGGACCAUGACCCUGUGGUGUCAUCCCUCAGUGAAGCCCUGGAUGCUGAAGACCAGGCUCAGUUUUUCUUCCGGAAAAACAAGGCUUUGCCAGAGGUGGCAGAGCUGGAGGGGUUGAGUGUGUAUUCCCCAGAGUGCUGCUGAGGGAUUCCCAGCGAGGUGCAGGCUGCUUGCUCCCCUGUGCUGCCUUGCACACACUCCACUGACUUUUCAAGUUACCUCUUGUGUAAAUAUGCAGGGGUGGCACCUAAUAAGCCAGUUUCAAAUAUAUAAGCAGUGUUUUAAAUGUAUAAAACCUUGCAAUAAAGGUACAGUGUGGCCUAGUGA